AUACCUGAACUUAUAUCGAUUAAAUACCUUUUUGAUUAAUACCCUUUCGAUCAAUACCCUUUUGAUCAAUACCCUUUUGAUUAAUACCCUUUGCACCAAAAAGAACCACCUCACGUACAAUUUAAUCACGUGCGCUCGCACCAUCCCUGAAUCAUCAUCUCUCCCAGAGCAGGCUCUCAUCAAGUGUCCUGCACAGACAGUCCCAUAACGGCCUCCGCAACUUGCCGCUUCCCCUUAAAUGCAUUGCCGUUGACACCUCAAUUACCAUCAACCGCUCCUGAUUUUCAUCAAAAUGCUUGCGGCCAGACAAUUCCUCCGUUCCUCCACCACUGUGGCAUGUGCCUUUAAGGCAGCCCCAACCUUGCGCUCCCAGUCCUUGCUCUCCCAGCGCUUCCAGUCUUCUGUGAAGUUCACCCAGGAAAAUCAGCCAAGAAUCAGAAUCGGAUCCCUCGCGCCAAACUUCAAGGCCGAAACCACCUCCGGUGCCAUUGACUUCCACGAGUACAUUGGGGACUCCUGGACUAUCCUCUUCUCCCACCCAGCGGACUUCACCCCGGUCUGUACCACCGAGUUAGGUGCCUUUGCUGCGUUAAAGCCGGAGUUCGACCAGCGUAAUGUCAAGUUGAUCGGUUUGUCUGCCGAAAGUGCUGAAAGUCACAAGGCCUGGAUCAGCGACAUCGAAGACGUCUCCACCCAUGGUGCCAAGUUCGACUACCCGAUCAUCGCUGACAUCAACAAGGAAGUUGCGUUCUUGUACGACAUGAUCGACGUCGAAGGCUGGAAAAAUAUGAACAACAAAGAGCCAAUCUUUACCGUCAGAUCCGUCUUCAUUAUUGACCCUGCCAAGAAGGUCAGAUUGAUCAUGACCUACCCGGCCUCCACCGGCAGAAAUACCAGCGAGGUUCUCAGAUGUGUCGACGCCUUGCAGGUGGCCGAUAACAAGGGAAUCGCCACCCCAGUCGACUGGCAAUUGGGUCAGGAUGUUAUCAUCCCACCAAGCGUCAGUGAUGAGGCCGCCAAGGCCAAGUUUGGUGAGUUCAAGACCUUGAAGAGUUACUUGAGAACUACCAAGGUUUAGGUCUGAGGUACGUAGCCAAUAAAUGUAUACCAAAACGAGUGUAAGUUGCGAGAAUUAUGAAUUCUAGCACAAACAUUCUGCAUUGGUAAAGGAUGAGGUUAGGAGAUGAUAUUCGGGCACCUGCCCCAAAGGGAGAAGGUAUACUUUAGUUCAAUCAAAGAAGAUAGCGUCGCUGUAUACCGUUCCAUAUUCUAGUUAGGUAAAAAUCCAUGGUGCUUGGAAUGGCAUUGGCGUAGCCUCCACGAAACGAAGCGAAAACCAAAGAUUUGAAAACCUUUCGGUAAUCAGCCCAAUAAAAUACUCAAAGUCCACACUAAUGAUAAGUAUUUGCAAAACCA